AUGGCAGAGUCGGAUUAUCGCCUAUUCCAGCAGCUCUUAGUGGGCCACAAACUUCCAGCCCUACAGCAGGAUGCUGAAUACUUGGAGGAAUCACAUGAUUCUGAGCUCGAAUCCCUAGCUACAGCUGACGAGCAGCUCUACCAAAUCUCGUCAAUCUCACUGCUUGCAAGAAAAUACGUCUCCCACAGGCUACCGAACAGUAGUGACACAGAGUAUGAGCCUGGUGAGGAGGCUUACAAGGAGGAACAAUCUGACAAUGGUUCUGUUAAUAGUGAUUAUGGUGAUUUGGAUGCUAUCUUACACCACAACCUCGAUGAACAACUCUCUGCCGCGAUCAGCAAGAUCCACUGCCAGGCGCAAGCCCAGCGCCACAAGACCAGGCAUACAUUCAGACCUCAAUCCAAGCAGCCAUAUCAGCGCCUCAGCAAUAUCAAACACUGGCACCUCAACAUCAAGCGCCGGCACCUCAACAUCAAGCGCCGGCACCUCAAUAUCAAUGCCGGCACCAUCAGCAACCCCCACCUCAACCCCAGUACCAUCAGCAACUCACGCCUCAACCUCAGUACCAUCAGCAACCCCUGCCUCAACCCCCAGUACCAUCAGCAACUCCCACCUCAACCCCAGUACCAUCAGCAACAACUCCCGCAUCAACCCCAGUACCAUCAGCAACCCCUGCCUCUGCAAUAUCAUGUGCCGGCGCCCCAGAACUAUGGGCAGCCCCAACCUCGGUACCAUCAACAACCCGAGCUUCAACAACAGCAUACCCUACCUGAUCAGUACCAUGCUGAACGGAACGAGGAUAGAGCAGUGGCAGAGGCAUAUGCAGGUGCAUUUGCACUCCUUCGGAGUGAAUCAUCGAGGCUGCCGUCACAGUCGGAUUCUGUUCAAGAUGGCCCUUUGGCCCCAUGGGGGGCUGCGCGGCUUGUUGCUCUUGCACCCCUCCACCCGGGAGAGAACAUCCAUGGGGAGAGAACCCAGGGUGUCAUCCGAACUCAAAAGCAUGCCUUUGACACUGGGAAACGACAACGUAAUGUCAGACUCCCCCCCACACCAGAGAUACCACUAGCCGUCAUACCAGAUCCUGCCGCUGCGUCAAAUUCAUCUGCGUCCAUCGCGGACCCACCUGUUUCAAGAUGCAUCAAGUUCUCAAUAACAUCAGCGCGAAGGUACAAAGAGGCCACAAAGGACCAGCUUCGCGGCCUUAUCCUGAAUGUGGACCCCAAAACAGAUGGUGCUCCCAAUGACGAGCUUCGCAACAAGAUGAUCAGUACUGCACUGCAAAUCGCAAAAACCAAAACUGGUCAAGCGGAAAUCGAGGACAUCAAGGGGAUCAACAACUAUAUGGUGGCUUCGUUAGCAGAUAUGCGACGCAGCUUCAAAUCUUAUGCAAUGAACACUGUUCUGGUUGGUUAUGGUCUACAUCUACCAUUAUUUUCUGAGGAGGACAAGCUGGCGCACAAACAAGACAGAGUCAAAACUCUACUGAAGGAUUUGAAGUACAUGCACCAAAUUGAACAGGCUCAUCAAACCAGUCACUUUGUUGAUGUCUCGGUGAACUCUCCUGCCUUUGACGAUGCUUACCAUGAAAUCAUAGCUUACAUUACUACAACUAUCCAUGCCUCAGAUACCUUGUGUGAAAGGUUUGAUGCUGUACAACAGGCAAUCCUCAAAUGA